AUUUAUUUGUUUCUGCCUGGAUCGACCCGUUAUUCAGCCCAUCCAACGUCCACCCCCUAUCUUCUUUUUUCCCCCUCCAUCUCCUCCUCUAUGGGAGUGCGACGCGCUGAGAAUCUGUGAGAUAAAAAAAAAAGCCUGCAGCAGCAGGGCAGUGACCAUGGUUUCAGUUUCCUGCUAGCAGCAGGCGGACAAAGAGCAGGACAACUGCCCAAGCCACAGCCUCCUCCAACAACAGCCUUCCUGUGAGAAAGAAAUAAACUGAGAGAGAAAAGGAAAGAGGCAAAAGAGAGAAAAACGAGUGUAAGAAGGGGAGAGGGGAGCAGGUGAAAACAGUCGAUGGAUGCUGUCCGGAUUGAGGGGACAGCACGUUCUUCACUGACGAGGAAAAGAAAGAUUUCAAAAUGGAGUCGAAGGAUAGAAACUCUGCCUCAGGCAUGGUGUGUGAGAAGGGGAUCCAGAUCCUUCUCACCACCGUGGGGGCAUUCGCUGCCUUCGGCCUGAUGACGGUGGCAAUAGGGACGGACUACUGGCUGUACUCCCGUGCCCUCAUCUGCAACAGCACAGCCAACGUCAGCCAGGAUGAUCCCCAUGCCAAGGACAAGAAAGAUCCUGGGGCGCUCACACACUCUGGACUGUGGAGGAUAUGCUGCCUUGAAGGAGUAAAGAGAGGAGUGUGUUCUCAGAUCAACCACUUCCCAGAGGAUGCAGACUUUGACCAUGACGGGGCAGAGUACGUCCUACGGGUAGUCAGGGCUUCCAACAUCUUCCCAAUCCUCAGUGCCAUCCUUCUGCUGAUGGGAGGGGUCUGCAUCGCUGCUAGUCGUUUCUAUAAGAGCAAAAGGAACAUCAUCCUCGGGGCAGGGAUUCUCUUCGUGGCUGCAGGUCUGAGUAACAUAAUUGGUGUGAUCGUGUACAUCUCUGCUGCGCUGGGGGACAUCUCUCCAAAGAAGGAUGAGGAUAAGAAGUGGCAGUACUCCUACGGUUGGUCCUUUUAUUUUGGAGGCCUGUCCUUCAUCAUGGCUGAGAUGGUGGGGGUGCUGGCUGUCAACAUCUACAUAGAGAAGAACAAGGAGCUGCGCUGCCGCUCGCGCACCGACAUCUUCAAGAGCACCACACACGCCAUGCUCCGUCUGCCUAGCUACCGCUUCCGACGCCGGUCCCGCUCUUCAUCUCGGUCCACAGACCCCUCUCGCUCCCGAGACCCCUCACCUGUGGGCGGCGGGGGCAAGAACUUCGGCCUGCCCCCCUCUGCGCUGCUCUCCCAGGGCCCCAUCUCAGUGUCCACUUUACCUAACCCCCACUCUCGCUCGCACACAGCCUUGGCAGGAGGUGACAUCUCCCUCUACACGCUGUCCCGAGACCCCAAACUGGGGGGUUUGCCCCCCAUGUACGGAACGGUGGACAGGGCCACACUCUACCAGCUCCACAACUGCUUUCCAAAGGAUGGAGGCGGCGGUGGGGUGAUGAUGAGUGGUACACUUCCUUCGCUUAAAUCCCACAACCCUUCUAAUUCUUCCAACUCCAACGCGCAGAUGCCCAACUCGGUGGGCUCUGGCCCUCCACCUUUCACCUCGUCCACGGUGGACAGAGAGCGAGGGAUGGGGACCCUGGACAGGCUGAAGGGAGACAGGGAGAGUAACUCUAACACCCUCAAUAGGAAGACAACGCCUGUGUAGAGAGAGGGGGAGAAGGAAAGCAGAGGAGGAAAGUGAGUAGGAAUCAAAGAGGGAAGAUAGAGAGGAGCUCUGUGUUGUGAGUCUCAACAAGAAGUAGCAAUGAAAUGCUAAAUCUCUCCCUCCAUGUUCACUGUUAUUUAGUUGACUCAACCUCACUGAGAGCAAAAAGAAGAAGAGUAAUAACAGAGUGAUAAUAACAACAACAAUGAACUUUCACAAUAAAACUAUUUUGAUAUUUUAAUGUGCUAGAAAUGAUUUAUUUUGUUAAUGAUCAAACGCAAUUAACCUUGGGCUAUUCUGAAAAUGUUUCACAUACUUUCUUUUGUGCAAUAUAACUGCUAAUUUAACCAGAUCAUCAUUAGUGUCAAAUUGUUGUUGUAAUUAUUCUUAGCGUUAUUACAGGCUAGCCGUAUUCGCAAACAAUAUAGUUUAUAACAAAAUACAGAUUUCAUGUUUUGUUUUUUCACUCUGAUUUUAGAACUCAACGACUUUUUACUGUGAAAUUCUUCCAUGCAAAGCCACUGGGACUGUCAGUGCGCUGCGUGUAACUGUGUCAAGGUGUCAAGCAUGAGUGUGCACAAUAAGUGGGAGAAUGAGGGCCUGUAUUACUGUUUUUUAGCCUCAUAUGAUAUGAUUUCCAUUUGUAACAUGAAGUCAGAUUUGAAUACUGUAAAUUGUCUUCCAAUAUUGAUACUGAAAGAAAUGCAACAAUAAUGUGCGUGACUGAGACAAACUGUCAAACUUCAUUGUCAUUAUGAGUCUGAGUUUUUCUAUUGGCCUCUGUUCGUCUUCUUUCCAUUCUAAUCAGUGUAAACAGUAGUAUUUGUAGCUAUAGUCGUGUUGAAGAUGUUUGUUCUUGGGCAUUAACAGAAACCUCUGGCAGGAGGAUGCAGAAAAAAGAUGACAUAGAAUAAUACAUUUGUACAGAUUCAGGUUCAAGUUACUGCCUGAGUAAAAAAAAAAAAAAAAGAAAAAAAAAAACAAGAACUUAAUCAUCUUUUUCUAUGAAGAGUCCCAAAGUGAGACAUGCAACUCAUCAUUUUCAAUGGCAAAAAAACACAAAAUGUAUAUGUGGGUUCUGAGGGUUUAAAAAACACUGCAGAUACAAACUUUUGAAAACAAACAUGUACAUUGUAAUUUACGCAUACAUAUAUUUGUAAAGUCUAUAGAUAUGUUUUUGCGGGACCACUGUUCAGAUACAUCUUGGGGCAGGUUUGGAUGAAAUGUGUGAUCCCAGUGCCCCUUAAUGGACUAUUAUUGGGUGGUUUUAUCCAAUGUGCCACCAUUACUUCCCCCCCCCCUCCCCCACAACCUGCCCAAUAUGAAGACACAUGAUCAGUGUUCCUCUCUUUAAAAACUCGACCAAUAAAAGAGACAACAUCGUAACCUCCCCAAAGACUCUCUUCACUGUGCUUCCCCCCCUGUGACCGCUGAGUCUGGACUCUGAUCUGUUUAUGUUGAUGAGAAUGUAAACACAUGUAAACACCCCCCCCCCCCCCCCCUCCCCCCCCCCUUUCUGAGCUGCCCCGAAUGACUGCAGAUUCGGAUGGAAACAAUGGACACACAGCUACAUGAAACAAUGAAGAAACAAAAGAAAAACAACCAGACGCUUCCAGAUUCUCUACUUUUUUUUUAAUUCUUUGAUUUCAUUUGAGAAAAAGAAAAAUGUGAUAAAACUGCACACAGAUAGCAUUUAUGUGGGCAAUAUGAAUAGUAUGUAGUUGAGAAUAGAUAUAUCUAGACAAAUGAUUAUGGUUUAUCUAAAUGUGUGAUAAACUUACACUGUAUUGCACGAAGUUUAUAAAAAAAAACAAUAACAGACCUA